UCCCUCUGGUAGUUUGGUGGUGCAACUGCUGUUCAAGAAGGUCUUGAUAUUACUGCGAAUUAUAGAAAUGCGAGGAAUUUUAGCCAGAAGUGUAUGAUUGGUGUGAGAUAAAUGUAGUUUGGUGACAAAGACUGAUCUCAAAUUACAGUAGUUUAAUUUUCUACGCAGUAUAGCGUCAAUUCUGUUAUGUAUUGUGUUGCUAUAGUUGAAAUUUCACAUAUGUCAGAAAACGCCUAGAACCAUUUUGGAAUGUAGAAAUUGUAGGCGGAUCAUCUCACCGUUUAUAAUCCACAAAAAAAUCCAAACACCAGUUUUGGGAUUUGAAAAGACAAGUGUACAGUGGAGGGAUCCUCUGUAGUUUGAUCCUCAUAACACUGGCCAGGGAUACUCAUGCACAUACUUAUUUGUCUAUAGGCUUCUCUGGCAAGAAUUUGUGCUAAACGAAUCCUGAUUGAAAUAAGACACGAAACUAUACAGAACUUCGAUCGAUCGAAAGAAUUUCGUGUGGCCAUUUCUUCUCCUGGAAACAUUAGGAUGGGGUGUCUGAGGCGCUAUUGGGCCAUCUAAUGGCGUUGACGUCUGUUAUUUUGUGUCAAAAAUACUUUUAAUUUAUUGGCUCUGGGAGGCACUGCUGUGCCACUCAUGGCCUUAGCCGAGGCUUCCAGUGCCUCCCCAGGAUACUGUCAGACCAUGGACCCUGGGACGUACUAGUGGGUUACCCAUGGCCUUUAUGUGGUCCACCAUGAAACCAUGGGGAUUUCUACGCUCCAGAAGGCGGCCUAAGAAACGUGCGCCCACACCUACACCCUCGCUGCCUACCGCUACGCUCGCCAAGAAGAUCCAGCUGGAAGAUGAAUACGAGGUUCUUCACGUGAUCCAGGAAGGCUGGAGGGGCCGCCUCUUGCUGGUGGAACACCGUAGGACUCGACACGAGGUGGUGCUGAAGGCCAUGCACAAAGAUUCCACCUCCCGCCUUGAUUUCUUCCGUGAGUUCCACUACAACUACUACCUCAGCCCCCACCUCAACAUCCUCAAUGCCUAUGACGUGGCUUUCGAAGCGGGCGAGUACUAUGUCUUCGCCCAAGAGUACGCCCCCUUCGGAGACCUGACGACCAACUUGUGCGACAUGGGCUUAGGUGAGAUUAACACCAAGAGAAUCGCUCUCCAGCUAGCCUCCGCUCUGGACUUCAUGCACUCCAAGGACUUAGUGCAUCGAGACAUGAACAUGGACAAUAUCUUGAUCUUCAAGAGCGACUUCAGUCACGUCAAGCUCUGCGACUUCGGGUCCACGCGCAAGAAGGGGACGCUAUUGAAGAAGCGGACGGUGUGGCUGCCUUACGCACCCCCGGAGAUUGUGGAUGCUGUACAGAACGAAGGUUUCCACGCAGAUACCUCACAGGUAAGUUUUCCUAUUUAUUACGAUUGAUUUCAAAUGUAGUUUAUGACAGAACAAACAACUUAGAGGU